GAAAGAAAAUAAAAAAAAAUCUGGAAAACAUCAGAGUAUGUGAGGGGCGCCCAUGAUACAACAUCUUGGAAAAGUCCAUGAGACAGAAUACAUCCCAUGUGAUAAUUUCAUGAUCAUCCUCCACUCUCGCAGAGUGCCCAUUUCUCCUUUUCUUAACUGAGGUAAGCUAUAAUCUUCGCAGGUAAUCUGAAGAGUUUUAUAGCGUAGUUGAUUCAGGUACACAUUGCUUUCUAUUCGAGUCCGAGCUGUGUGGAUGUUUCGUUUAGUGAAACCUUUUGCGGCGUUUGUCUGUCGAAUUCUCCGUGUUUUGAGGCGUCUCUUUUGAUUUCUGUCUUCCAAUCGUCCAAGUAUGAGCAUGUGGGAGUAUGAGAGCGAGGCCCAUGGCGGCCGAAGAGACCCCGGAGUAAGCUCGGUCGACUUCGACAACCACGACAGCCUCAAGACCGAUGUGUUCGAGCGCAGAGAUCAGUCCUGGUACGUUUCCAGCGAUAUUCCUAGCAAUUUGCUGGUUAAAGUGGGAUGUGUCAGCUUCCAUCUGCACAAGUAUCCUUUGCUGUCGAGAAGCGGACGAAUGAACAGGAUGAUCCAGGAAUCAUCGAGGGAAAGUGAAGCGAGCAUGGUGGAAUUGGACGACAUCCCCGGCGGUCCGGAAGCGUUCCAACUGGCGGCUAAAUUUUGCUACGGCAUCGCUGUGGAUCUGUCGGCCUCCAACAUCUCCGGGCUCCGCUGCGCCGCCGAAUACCUGGAGAUGACGGAGGACUUGGAAGAGGGGAACUUGAUCUUCAAAACAGAGGCCUUCCUCAGCUACGUAGUCCUCUCCUCCUGGCGGGACUCCAUCGUGGUCCUCAAAAGCUGCGAGAGCCUGUCGCCCUGGGCGGAAAACCUGCAGAUCGUGCGCCGCUGCAGCGAGUCCAUCGCCUGGAAGGCCUGCGCCAAUCCCCGGGGCAUCCGGUGGGCCUACACCGGCAGGCCCGCCAAGGCUUCUUCCAGUCCUCGGUGGAAUGGGACCGACUCCAAAGACCCAAACAGUCCCAGCCGGAGCCAACCGGUGCCCCCGGACUGGUGGUUCGAAGACGUCUCCAUCCUCCGCAUCGACCACUUCGUCCGCGUCGUCACCGCCAUCAAGGUGAAGGGCAUGCGGUUCGACCUCAUCGGCGCCGCCAUCAUGCAUUAUGCGUCCAAGUGGCUGCCGGGGAUGGCCAAGGAGCCCUCGCUGCCCGCCAGCGAGGAGUCGUGGAGUGGUACUCAAUUAGGGAGCAGCACCGGACUCCACUUGAUCAUCGCCAGCAAAGAGGAUUUGUCGAGCUCCCAGAUUCGCGAGCAGCGCAUGGUGAUCGAGAGUCUCAUCAGCAUAAUUCCGCCGCACAAGGACUCCGUCUCCUGCAGCUUCCUUCUCCGGCUUCUGAGACUGGCCAAUAUGCUGAAGGUGGCGCCGGCGCUGGUGACCGAGUUGGAGAAGCGGGUGGGCAUGCAGCUGGAGCAAGCCACGUUGCCCGAUCUCUUGAUCCCUUCCUUCCAGAAGAUGGACACGAUGUACGACGUGGAUUUGGUACAGAGAUUGCUGGAGCACUUCUUGGUUCAAGAACAGAUCGAAUCGUCCAGCCCCGGGAGGGAGCCGUGCCUAGAGAAACACGGCAUCUAUGAGGCAAAUCCAAGAAAUGCCACUGGCCCGACUGCCAAGAACAGAGUCGCCAGGCUGCUCGACAGCUAUCUCACAGAGGUGUCGAGGGACCGCAAUCUCUCCCUCACCAAAUUCCAAGUUCUAUCGGAAGCUCUGCCGGAGGCGGCCAGGGCUUGCGACGACGGAUUGUACCGAGCAGUCGACUCCUAUCUCAAGGCUCAUCCGAUGCUAACAGAGCACGAGAGGAAGAGGCUAUGCCGGGUGAUGGACUGCCAGAAGCUGUCGGUGGAUGCGUGCAUGCACGCCGCGCAGAACGAGCGAUUGCCUCUGCGCGUGGUGGUGCAGGUGCUCUUCUCGGAGCAAGUCAAAAUAAGCAACGCCCUAGCAAACUCAUCGCUCAAGGAAACGGUGGAGUCUCAUUUUCAAUCCAUGGUGUCCACGCGCCGGCAGCUACUGGAAGGGACUCCGCAGUCGUUCCAAGAAGGAUGGGCGGCCGCCAAGAAGGACAUCAACACGCUCAAGUUCGAGCUGGAGAGCAUGAAGACCAAGUACCUGGAGCUGCAGAAUGACAUGGACAAUUUGCGGCGACAGAUGGAGAAGGUGCCGUCCUCCAAACCCACCAGCAAGCAGUCGUCGUCGCCGUGGACCACAGGGUGGAAGAGACUGAGCAAGCUCACCAAGACGUCGACCGAGGCGCAUGAGAUUGGCUCUCAGAUGCCAGGGGCACCGGGAGGGGAGUCUGAGAAGAAAGGCCAGAGGAGAUGGAGGAAUUCAAUUUCAUGAGCUGAUUAUCCUUCCCUUCCACCUUUUUGUUAAUCUUUAUUCGCACUGUCUAUUUCUUAGCUUUUCCAGUAGAACCGAACUGAGUAAACUUAGAUUGUUCGUUUUGUCUUCUGCAGUGAGUGAGUAAUAGACACGCAUCUUUCUCACUAA